AUGGAAAGCAAAGAAGGAACAUGGCAGGGACAUCAGCCCCAGGAAGAGGAGAAAGUUGGAAGAAGAGAGAAGUCAGGCCCCAGCCAACUGAGGAGCCAGAAGACCCACCAAGACAAAUCAUGGCUCCAGCGGCACUGCUCUUCCCUCUUGCACAGGGACAAACAGACCCAGAAGGCUGGCCAGCUUUUCUCAGGACUGAUGGCCAUGAAUGUGGUGUUUUUAGGCAGUGCUUUCAUCUGUAGCAUGAUUUUUAACCAGGUUGCCAUUACGGUGGAAGAUGUCUGGAUUUUCCUCUCCAUUCUCAAGAUCCUGGCUUUAAUUUGGAUAGCAUACUAUUUGCUUUUCACUAGGCGGAAGCCACAUGCAAUCUUGCAUCAAGAUCCCCAUGCAGGGCCAGUCUGGGUCAAAGGAUCUCUAGUUCUGUUUGGAGUCUGCAGUGUGCUCCUGAACAUGUUCCAGAUUGGCUAUGAUGUUAUUCACUUUCACUGCAAAUCCCAGAUCACACUCUUUUUCCCGUCCAUAGAAAUUCUCUUCAUCUGCAUUCAGACUUACUUUAUAUGGUGUCAUGCAAAGGACUGUACUCAAGCUCAACCCAACCUCACCAGAUGUGGGCUAAUGCUAACCUUGGCAACUAACCUCCUGCUGUGGCUCUUAGCAGUGACCAACGACUCAGUUCACAGGGAAAUUCAAUCAGAACUUAACCAAACUGUACAACAAUCUGAAGGCAAGGACAAUGGGACCAGUUCCUGCCAAUGCCCAAACACAACUGCCUGUAAGGUUUUCCAAGAAGGCUAUAUUUUGCUCUACCCCUUCAACACAGAAUAUUGCUUGAUCUGCUGCUCCAUGCUCUAUGUCAUGUGGAAGAAUGUGGGUCGGCGCAUGGCUCAGUACCAUUCUGCCCAUGUCAAGCCAAGGUUCAAAGUCCAUGGAGUCAUUUUUGGGCCCCUGCUUGGCAUAUCUGCAAUCGUCAUUGGCAGCUGUACAUUCAUGGUAUAUCAGAUUGAAGCGACUGGUUCCUCUCCUAGCCAUCAAGCAUUCAUACUCUACUAUUCCUACUACAUCUUUUUGUUACCUGUGAUGUCAGCAGGGGCUUUAGUCGGAACAAUCAUCCAUGGCUUAGAAGAGAGGGAGUUGGACACAGUGAAAAACCCAACCCGAAGUCUUGAUGUGAUCCUGCUUAUGGGGACAGCCUUAGGCCAGAUUGGCAUCAGUUACUUUUCUAUUGUAGCAAUUGUUGCCAGUAAUCCAAGGGGUUUGUUGAACAGCAUCAUCCUGGCAUAUUCAGUGAGCCUCAUCAUUCAAUGCAUCACCCAGAACAUCUUCAUCAUUGAGGGGCUCCACAGGCAGCCACUACUGGUGAAUGAAGAGCCUGCCCCAUCCACAGCCAAUGAGGGGAUGGACAAAAAUGAAAAAGAGAAAUGUGAAGAUAGUUUCCAAGAUGUUUACAAUCUAGAGAUAAGACAAGAAAUCCAGAGAGUCUCACAGACCUACAUCCAGACUUACAGCCAUCUGAACUGGAAAAGGAAAGCUCUGAAGGAAAUCUCCAGCUUCUUAAUCAUGUGCAACAUCAUACUGUGGAUCAUGCCAUCAUUUGGAGCACAUCCAGUGUUUGAGAAUGGAUUAGAGAAAUCGUUUUAUGGCUAUUCUACCUGGUUUGCUAUUGUCAACUUUGGGCUUCCUUUGGGGGUAUUUUACAGAAUGCAUUCUGUUGGUGACCUUCUGGAGGUGUAUCGGUCUGCUUGAAGCAAA